GCGCCGAGGAGCAGAACGACGGACACGAUGACGGACUUCAUCGCCACGGAGCAGGCCGCGUACCCGGACAUCGCGCAGCGCUACCAGAGGCUCAAGGACCUGCACGUGCGCAAGCUGUACCAUGAACUCACCGGCGAGCUCGAGGCCUUCGUGCGCGACCCCGCGUGCCACAAGUACCCGCUGAACCUGCCCAAGCUGUACCAGGAGUUCAUCCGCAGCUUCCAGGACAAGCUCAACCAGAUCCGCCUCGUCGUCAUCUGCACGGAGAUCAGCACGCAGUUCGCAGAUCCGGCCAAGGCGCAGGAGUUCAUGGAGCAGCUGCUGGGCCAGCUCAGCACCAAGACGGCCCACGAGGCCGUGCUGCUGUGCAAGAUGCAGAUCGCGCAGCUCAAGUUCCGUCGCGGAGCCGAGUUCCUGGCUGAGGUGAAGGCCACGGUGGACGACGACAAGCAGCUGAUCGAGAGCCUCGUGGGCGCGGAGCCCGUGGUGCACGCGUCCUACUACCGCGUGGCCUGCGACUACUACGGAGCUCUGGGGCCCGCCGACAAGUUCUACAAGAACGCGCUCAUGUUCCUGGCCUACACGCAGUACGACGAGAUGCGCCCCAACGAGCGCUUCGAUUUGGCUGUGAACAUCAGCAUCGCUGCACUGACGGGCGACGGUGUCUUCAACUUUGGUGAAGUGCUGGCGACCCCGAUCCUGCGCGCGCUGGAAGGCACGGACAAACAGUGGCUCUCGGACCUCCUGCACGCGUUCAACAAGGGUGAUAUCGACCGCUUCAACGAGAUUGUGGGACAGAACAGCAAGGAGUUCAACGCACAGCCGGCGCUCGUGAGCAAGCAGGAGUACGUGAAGGAGAAGGUGGCGCUGCUGGCGUUGAUGGUUUUGGUGUUCCAGCGCCCGUCACACGAGCGUAACAUCCCGUUCCACGAGAUCGCCGAGGCUACGCGACUGCCGCUGGAGCAGGUGGAGUGGCUGGUGAUGCGCGCGCUGUCGUGCAAGCUUAUCAAGGGCUCUAUUGAUCAGGUCGACGGCAUCGUACGGGUCACGUGGGUGCAGCCGCGCGUGCUCGACAACUCGCAGCUGCAGGAGCUCGUGACUCGUCUGGACGGCUGGGAGAAGAAGGUGAACUCGACUUUGCUGUACGUGGAGGAGCAGACCCCGGAGCUUUUCCAGUAGUCUGGCAACUAUCCUGCUGCCCUUAGCAUCAGUUCAUGCAAGCAGAAGCAAGAACAGUAAUGUUGAUGGUGGUAACACGGUGAUUAUGCGAU